GGAAGUUUUGGACGAGCGGGAAAACCAGGAUCACCUGGACUACCGGGCAUGGAAGGUUUAAAUGGUGAGAUAGGAAGACGAGGAAAAGAUGGACAACUGGGACAAACUGGACCGCCGGGAAAUCCGGGACGGAAAGGACAUCAAGGAAGGCCUGGUAUGCCUGGUUUCUCAGGCCCACCUGGUGCACAGGGAGCGGAUGGAGAAUUGGGAGACCGCGGACUUGAUGGCAGACCGGGUGCACCUGGCGAUUCAGGAUUUCGUGGAUUCCCAGGACCGGCCGGGGAAGAAGGAACUCCGGGAUCCAUGGGCACACCUGGAAUUCCAGGAAACGACGGGGAGCCCGGACAAUCAGGAGAGCCCGGAGAAAAUGGGGACGAAGGAGAACUGGGCCCUCCGGGUAAACCUGGAAGCUAUGGCGUUCUUGGACUUCUGGGGGAAUCAGGAACAAAGGGCGAGAUCGGCGUUCAAGGAGAUCUGGGAGACGAUGGUGCAGAUGGAAGCGUAGGAGAGAGAGGGCAAAGUGGACUAGAGGUUUGAAUAG